AUGCGUGUCUCUGCCCUGAUCGCCUUUUCUGCAAGCUGCCUUGGCAUCACGGCCAGCGCCAGCCCUUCUUUCAAGCCAUUUUCGCCCAAGCCUAACUGCCCCCCUCAAAGCGCGAAUCCUUGGCAGCAACGCGCCAUCCUCGCAGACUUUGUGCAAGCCUUCUACGUAGAGCGAAAUGCUACCAAGGCCAUACUCAACCACAUCGCGGAGGACUACAUUCAGCACAACCCUGGAGCACUUUCGGGUCGCCAAAACGCACUAGACGCACUUGCGCCUUCCCUUUCUGUGCCCGGCGUCAACCUGACCGUCCUGCGACAGGGCUUCGAAAACAACUUGGCAUUCAUUCAUUCUCGCUUGGACAUGGAUGGCGUUCCGCAGCCGAGUGCGAUUGUCGACAUUUUCAGGUUCAAUGGAACCUGCAUCGUCGAGCAUUGGGACGUCGUCCAGGCCAGAGACCCCAACUCUAUCAACCCGUUGGCUCUGUUCUAGUCUAGGGCAUCCUUUCUUGGUUAUAGAUGAUGUUUCACAAACUCGUCUUCGUAGGAAACUUGUGGGAGCCCAAUCAUCCUCGCAGUCCUAGUAUAGGGGAUUAAGCUGGGCACAUUUGAUAUAUCCAAUUCAAUGCACAUAUUUCUACCUCGGG